UCACAAUCAUAAGGAAUUAUCUACCUUGCUUAAUACUUGCAUACCGAUUGACCCAUUUGAAUGACCUUUGAUAAGGCUAAUGUCCAUGGUAUUCAUAUUCAGUUACAUGUCCGGUCAUUCUUAUUUUUUUAUUUAACAUUAAUGUGAUAGGAAAACCAAGGAAUCACAGUUAAGCAUUCUGUUGUUAGGCGGAUGGAAACUUGCAGUGAUCUUUAUCUAAAUACCCGCCUUAUCAUUUAAACCGGAUCUCCAUUACAUUGUAGGAACAUCAUGGCUGCAGAAUCAGAGGAAAAAGCUUUGCGCUUUAGACGAGCGCAAAGUGUUACUCGAGCCGAAGAAAUUACAGAACAGGAAACUAAAGCAAGGAAGUCUCAGCAAGAUAAACCGAUCCACAAGCCAAGAGAUUCCUUGUUUUCAUGGAGCUCGGGGUUCAAGAACUUUACAGGCCUCGUGACCUGGGGCUUCCUCAUGCUGUCCAUAGGAGGUCUGCGCUUGUGCCUCGAAAAUUUUCUCAAAUAUGGUUUUCGUGUGAACCCCAUAGAAUGGUUCAUCAUUCUUACUGGCCGGAAUGAGGGCACCCAGAAUGAAUUUCCAUCAGUAGUAUUAAUCAUUUUUUCUGUUGUACUUAUUGUUGCAAGUCUGCUGAUAGAGAAAGCUAUGGCUGUGGGUAUGAUUUCUGGAAGAGUGGGAAGUGUCCUACAAGUAUGCUACCUGAUUAUAUUGGUAUCUUUACCUGUGGCUGUUUUACAAUACAAGGGUCAAGAAUUUAGUGUUGUGGGCAGAACAACAGUGUGUUUCAUCUAUUUAAUAUUAUUUUUGAAGUUAUGGAGCUACGCACAAACUAAUCACUGGGUCCGUAAAGGAGCAAAGGGGAAAUUCUCUAAGAACACUUUGAGGCGUCAGAGUCUAUCCGCACCCAAUUACAAUGAGCUCAUGCACGCGGAACAAGAUCAAACCACCGAGGAAGAGAAAGGAGACGCCUUCGCGGUCGCCGGGCUCGUGAGGUACCCCGACAACCUGAACCUGAAAGACUUGUUUUACUUCCUGUUCGCACCCACCCUGUGUUAUGAGUUGAAUUUCCCCCGCACUACACGGAUUCGCAAGCGGUUCCUGAUCAAACGUCUUCUCGAGGUGGUGUUCGGCGUGAACCUGGUGCUGGCUCUGUUCCAGCAGUGGAUGAUCCCCUCCGUCACCAACUCCAUCGACACCUUCUCCAGGAUGGACUACCUCAAGAUGCUGGAGAGGCUGCUCAAGCUUGCUGUACCAAACCAUCUAAUGUGGCUGUGCUUCUUCUAUCUGACCUUCCACUCGUUCCUGAACCUAAUGGGCGAGCUGUUGCACUUCGCAGACCGGCACUUCUACGGCGACUGGUGGAACUCGAACAACAUCGGCACCUUCUGGCGCACGUGGAACCUGCCCGUGCACAAGUGGGCCGUGCGACACGUGUACAUUCCGAUCACUGAGAUGGGGUACAGCAAGACGGCUGCCAGUGCCGCUGUGUUCCUGAUCUCAGCGUUAUUCCAUGAGUAUUUGGUGAGCGUCCCCCUACAGAUGUUCCGCGUGUGGGCGUUCCUAGGCAUGAUGGCGCAGCCGCCACUCUCCGUGAUAUCACGCUUCGCUGAGGUGCGACUGGGACCCCGCUACGGCAACCUCAUCGUGUGGAGCUCAAUAAUUCUCGGCCAGCCGCUUGCUAUCAUGAUGUACUACCACGAUUACGCGCUCCAGCAUUUUAAGUCACAUACCUUCGUCAGUCAUUAGUACGCUUAGCAGGAGAUAACCAUUGAUUGCACUUGACAAUACACUAUUUGCGUGAACUUGAUCGUAUACUCAUCUUGAAACUGGUUUUAAGCUUUGCAGUUCCGGGCCGCAAGGUUAUUUGAAUUUGCAUCAAGGUCACGCUCAUAUUAAGAUUGUCUUUAUACUAGAAUCUGGCGGGUCACUUGCAUUGUUGCGUGGGUUGAGUACCAGUGCACGUGUAAAUGAAUGAAUGCGAGAUGAAUUACGAUCGAGUUUAGGGACCGUCCACACUCAAGAGACGCAUGUCCGCCGACGCGGAACGGACGUCAGCGCCACGCCGCCUGAA